AUGGGUGCUUCCGUGUCCAAAAUGAUGGGGAAGAUCUUCGGCACAAAGGAGAUGCGUAUCCUUAUGCUGGGUUUAGAUGCUGCGGGAAAGACUACUAUUCUCUACAAAUUGAAACUUAGCAAUCAGGACGUCACCACAAUCCCUACUGUCGGAUUCAACGUCGAGAGCGUGACCUACAAGAACGUCAAAUUCAACGUGUGGGAUGUCGGCGGCCAGGACAAGAUUCGUCCUCUUUGGAGGCAUUACUACUCGGGUACACAGGGAUUGAUCUUCGUGGUGGACUCCAGUGACACAGCCCGACUCGAAGAGGCUCGGUCAGAGCUGCACAAGAUCAUCAACGACCGUGAAAUGAAGGACGCGCUGCUUCUGGUCUUUGCCAACAAACAAGAUAUCGCCGGGCAUCUGAGCCCCGAGGAGAUUACUCAACAACUCCAACUGACCAAGCUGAAGGACAAGUUGUGGUAUGUCGCACCAAGUGUCGCGACGGAUGGGACAGGUAUUUUCGAAGGCCUUUCGAUUGCCAACCGACCAAACCAAUCGCUGACCCGCAUGUGCUCCACUUUUCAGGCAUGGCUCUCGAACAACGUCAAAACCCAAACCGCAAAAUAA